GCGCGUCUCAACGGAUGGGAUUGUAUUGUUCAGGGAUAGCUGUUGUCUGUGAUGUUACGUUAGUUUGUCUUCUCAACUUAUAUCUUCAAUCUCACAUACCCAUCUGUUACCGAUUCGAUAUUGUGGUUGACUCCUUGAAGGGCUUCACAGAUGAUGCUGUUCAACUAGCUAGAUAGCUUAGCACAUCCUCUGCUACCGCGCCAAGGAACCAGUCUACUCUGGUGGAUGACUAGCAAGCUAAGGCGAGAUGAACGGCACCGCAUUCCCCUCGCCCACCGCCGAGAUGGCCGAGAUGAAUCGCAUUCACUACGAUCUGGAAUACACGGAGGGCAUCAGUCAGCGUAUGCGAGUCCCUGAGAUGCUCAAAUGCUAUGCCCCCGACGACCAGGAAAAAGGAUUCCUGGAUGCUCCCCACAGCAUCAUGAUGCAUGUGCCCGAAAGGAUCAUGGUGUCAGGUGACAGUGAGGAUGCUCAGUUCUCCAGACCUCGAGACCUGGACCUGAUUCAGUCCACUCCGCUGGAAGGGGUGUCCCUGAAGACCCCCCCCAGGGUCCUCACCCUCAGCGAAGAGCCCCUGGACUUCCUCGAGAUGGAACGGUCCAUCGCACCCAGCCAGCCCACUGGAGAGGUGCGAUCACAGGGCCGUCUGCGCAGAGAGCGGUCCGCCAGUGAGAACACCACCACACGCCAAAACGGCCAGCUGAGCCACAAUGACUCCAUCGUGACCCCGUCUCCCCCGGCCCCAGUGCGAGCUUUGGUGCCCCUGGGGGCCCCCGAGGAGGGCCAGUGGCUCAACUCCGCCAGCGGCCUGCUCUCCUUCCUGCAGACCAGCACGCGCCGGGCCUACCAGCACGUCCUGGAGGUCCUGGACGAAAACCACAGCAGCAAGCCUGUGCUGAGAGGAGGGUCUUCCUCUUCCUCUUCAAAUCCUGGUCAUGACUCCAGGUAUGCUCUUGCCACAAUGGACACAACAUUGGAAGGAGGACCAGAUGACAUGGCUGUAGUUGAUGCAACGACACUACGGCGACAGAUCAUCAAGCUGAACCGCAGGCUACAACUGCUGGAGGAUGAGAACAAGGAGCGGGUCAAGCGUGAGAAGAUCAUGUAUUCGAUCACCGUGGCCUUCUGGCUCAUCAACACCUGGGUGUGGUUCCGUCGUUAGUGCACCGUCACACCAAAGCCGCACCUUAGGCCACCUAUCUUGUCCCUGUGGAGGAAGCCAAGCCAUUGCCUGCAUUCUGUGUGUCAAAUACUGUUUGCCAAAUGUUUCUCUCUCUCUCUCUCCCUUCUUUCUCCUCUCUCUCUCUCUCUCUCUCUCUCUCUCUCUCUCUCUUUCUUUCUUUCUUUCUUUCUUUCUCUCUCUCUUCGCUCUGUGAAAGGCUAUAGCUGGAAAGCCGUGGUAGGGAAACAGUGUGCGUUUGGGUAAAGGGAUAUUUGUUUUUGAUUCUUUCUGGUUUUAUUUUGUUAUGUAUACGGAUCUUGUAAAUGUAUUUUAUUUUUAUAUGACUUCACGUGUCUUCUUUUUUUCUCUUGGUUUCUCGCUUCUGUAUGUUUUCAAGACCAUCCUGCUGUUAGCACAAAAAGACGCAAGCUUGGGUGACCUGUAUAUACUUCCUCUCAGCUGUCUGAGAGGUCUGGUUGUAUUUAUUGUUCCUAGGAUGACCACUUUCUGCACAUUGAAGCUAAAACAUUGAUGUAUUAUAAAAGAAUAUAUUGUGAAUGCAUAUUUAAAACAUGGCAUUGUAAAACACCCUCAUUAUGCAAGCCCACACAUCUUGCCUCAUCUUUACUACUGUGCAUUUCUAAUACAAAGGUUUUUUCUGUAUUAAUGACCUGAUGUGAUGCACAAACAGACUUGUUAAAUUAUGAGAUCAUCUGGCUCCCAGCAUCAAAUUUCAAACAUCCCCCUCAUGAGCUAAAUAAAAUAUUCCAUGUGUAAUAUUUUUGUUCAGGGUACGGUCAAUAGUAUUGUAUCGCAUACACAUUGAUUUAAAUAAAUUACAUCAAUGGUUA